AUGGUAUUGCCAAACAGAGUGGGUGUGUCGCCGUUGUGCCAAUACACAGGCGUGAACGACAUUCCCACGGAAUACCACAAGAUCCACUACGGGGCCUUUGCUUUGAGAGGCGCUGGUUUGGUGAUGGUCGAGGCCACAACCAUUAUACCACACGCAGGGGUGUCAACAGUGGACGUGGGUCUUUACAACGACAAGCAGGAGGCCAAGCUCAAGGAGAUCGUCGACUUUGCCCAUGCCAACACGUCGUGGAUCGGCAUCCAGCUUGGACACACGGGACGCAAGGACUGGGACCCCAGGGGCGACGAAGACAAGAUUGUGGCUCCAUCGGCCUUGCCUUUCAGAGAGGGCGGCCAGUACCCUGUGCCUAGAGCGUUGACCGUGGAAGAGAUCCAUGAGAUCGUCAAGAAGUUCAGCGAGUCUGCCAGGAGAGCCGUUUCCGCCGGGUUUGACUUUGUGGAGAUCCACGGCGCACACGGCUACUUGAUCAACGAGUUCAUGUCUGCGCACUCGAACAAGAGAACCGACCAGUACGGCGGGUCGUAUGAGAACAGAAUCCGCUUUUUGUUGGAGUUCAUUGACUGCGUGAGGGCCAAUAUGCCCGAGGGCUUCCCGGUGUUGUCCGACUCCAACCCGGACGCUUGGAUCCUCGAGGAUUCGGUGAGGUUGGCCCCCAUUGUCGUGAAGCACGGCGUGGACGUCCUUGACGUUUCGGGAGGAGGAAAUGAUGCGAAUACCGAUAGAUUGCCCAAGCAUUUCGGCAUGUUCAUGAAUGUGUCCGAGGCGGUCAAGAAAGCAGUGGGCGACAAGGCCAUUGUGCCAGGCGUGGGCCGCUUGCACGACCCGGUCAAGGUCAACGAGCUCCAUGAAAAGGGAACCAUUGACUUUGCUUUUGUGGGUGCUCCCUUCAUGGUGAACCAGGGCUUGGUGUUUGACUGGGCCGAGACUUUGGAUGUCAAACUUCACCACGCACCUUUGCUCUUGCCGGUCAGACCUGAGUAUGCUGAGAUGAUCUAG